AUGGUUCGUAAACUUAGCCUUGUGGCUCUGGCAAACCUCUUUUCGUUCUCAGUUCAGCAGAACUGCGCAGCAUUAUUUGACCAAUGUGGAGGCACUGGAUGGCCCGGCGCAACAUGCUGCGUUGCUGGCGCUCAGUGCACUUAUGUGAAUGACUGGUACUCCCAGUGUCUUGCGUCAACUGGUGGAAACCCCCCAAGUGGAACAACGACUUCGUCCAGCUUGGUUUCACGGACGUCGUCGGCAUCUUCAUCCGUCGGCUCCUCAUCCGGUGGCGGCUCACCAACCAGCGGUGCUUCCACCUAUACUACGACAGAUACAGCUACUGUGGCUCCUCAUUCGCAGUCUCCUUAUCCCAGCAUUGCCGCAUCCAGUUGCGGAUCGUGGACUCUCGUGGAUAAUGUUUGCUGCCCAUCAUAUUGUGCCAAUGAUGACACAUCCGAAACAUGUUCAGGCUGCGAUACCUGCACUACGCCCCCCUCAGCGGACUGCAAAUCCGGGACCAUGUAUCCAGAGGUCCAUCACGUAUCCAGCAACGAGAGCUGGCACUAUAGUAGGUCAACCCACUUUGGUCUAACGAGCGGCGGGGCUUGUGGCUUUGGCCUGUACGGUCUGUGCACAAAGGGCAGUGUUACGGCCAACUGGACGGAUCCCAUGCUUGGCUCGACGUGUGAUGCUUUCUGUACAGCCUAUCCCCUGCUUUGCAAAGACCCUACCGGCACGACUCUUCGCGGCAACUUUGCAGCUCCAAAUGGUGAUUACUAUACACAGUUCUGGUCGUCGUUGCCAGGAGCACUCGAUAACUAUCUGUCUUGCGGCGAGUGCAUCGAAUUGAUCCAGACAAAACCGGAUGGAACAGACUACGCUGUGGGUGAAGCCGGUUACACAGACCCAAUUACCCUCGAGAUUGUUGACAGCUGCCCAUGCAGCGCGAACUCCAAGUGGUGCUGUGGUCCUGGCGCCGAUCACUGCGGAGAGAUUGACUUCAAAUAUGGCUGUCCUCUUCCUGCUGACAGCAUUCAUCUCGACCUGUCGGACAUCGCCAUGGGCCGCUUGCAGGGCAAUGGAUCGCUGACAAAUGGUGUCAUUCCAACUCGAUACAGGAGAGUUCCUUGCCCCAAGGUGGGAAACGCCUAUAUCUGGCUUCGAAACGGCGGAGGGCCGUAUUACUUUGCUCUCACAGCAGUCAACACCAAUGGGCCCGGCUCAGUAACGAAGAUCGAGAUCAAGGGCGCAGAUACGGACGCUUGGGUUGCCUUGGUCCAUGAUCCAAAUUAUACAAGCAGUCGCCCACAAGAACGCUAUGGCAGUUGGGUUAUUCCACAGGGAGCAGGGCCUUUCAACUUGCCGGUUGGAAUUCGUCUAACGAGCCCGACGGGUGAGCAGAUUGUAAAUGAACAGGCCAUUAAAACAUUCACCCCUCCGGCGACAGGAGAUCCCAAUUUCUACUACAUUGAUAUUGGUGUACAGUUUAGUCAGGAUUAA